CCCGUGGACAUGCGCAGCAUAAGAAUAUCUUUUGCUGUGGCAAAGAGGAAUUGUGGCUUAUCAUCCUAACCCAAGACAGUCCCAAGGCGGCAGCACUGGAGGGCCCCUGGCCCCCGGGCCCCCGGGGGACAGGUGUCAGUUAGGUAAUCGCUCAGGAGAGGAUCAUUACUCCGAGCGUAACACUAUCCUCUUGCGCACGAGCACUUGGGAAUUAUUUUUGGCGCCCUUGAGUAGGAGGCCCCCUGAUCUUUCUUGUUUCUGGCAUAUUCGCAAGGUUCCUGGCCCGCCAUUCUUGAUCUGCGGCUGAGACACUCGGGACAUUCUUCUUGUCAGAUUAUUGGGUUAGAAAGUUGGAUCGCCGUCGAUCCAAUUAUUAGAGCUCCCGAGAGCUACCAUAGCUAUUGAAUUUAUUUCUCAAUGGUUUUAUCAAAACGGCAGUUCAAUCAGCCCAGUGAAUCUCAUGCUCCAUUAUUAUUGUUCUCCAAUUUUGUGCUACCAUGACGUGGUCGGACCUCCAGGGCUGAAAGGCGGAGGGAAUCUCACCUAAUCUAGCUAUCAAACAAUGCAAACAAAUUUUGUCAACCCUUAUCAUCAAAAUACGCGAUAAGAGAUGAAGAUUGGGCAGACCGCGGGAUGGAUCGCAACGCCCUCACAUAAUAGGUCAAUUGACUUUUCAAACAUACAAACCUUGAUGGUCUACUUCGUACACACCAGAUUCAAUCCCACCACACACUAACUCGAAAACCCCUCACAACCUGCAGCAAUGCUCCAUUCCCGUCUACGGCCUCUCCCCCGCCGCAACCACCCCACCAACACAACCAGCGCCCCAACGCCAGAAUUCCAAAACGAAGACCUCGACAGCGAAACCGAGGAAUCAGCCGAAGACCUCUUCGGUGCAUUCCUCCCCCACCUUUUCCCAGAUGAUGCACCUUCCUUCCACGGCGACCCAGGCCAACACCUCCUCUACAGCUCCCCGCGCUAUGGCGACCUCAACAUCAUGGUCCCCAGCUACCCAAGCUCAAGCGAGAAGCGCUCCGAGGAGAUCGCCGCAGGCCAAGCCAAGACAGACGGCUCCGUGAACCAGGUCGACGAGGGACGCAAGCUCUUCGCGCAUUUCCUCUGGAGCGCGGCGAUGGUCGUUGCAGAGGGUGUCGAGGAAGCAGACACACCCACAGCACCAGGCGAAACAGAGACAGAAGCCCGGAGGGAAAACCGAGAGUUGUGGAGUAUCAAGGGCGAGAGUGUGCUUGAGUUAGGCGCUGGCGCCGCCCUCCCAUCUGUAAUCUGUGCCCUAGCCGGUGCCUCGAAGGUCGUGGCAACCGACCACCCCUCCUCGCCUGCGCUCAGCGGGGCAAUCACUUUCAAUAUAAAGCACAACCUAUCCAAGCGCACGCCUGAGGUCGUGAGAGAAGUGUCAAUGCAACCGCACGAAUGGGGUGUGUUGGAUGACUCCUUCUCGACGGCGAAUAAGGGUACCUUCACGCGAAUUGUCGCGGCGGAUUGUUUCUGGAUGCGCUCGCAGCAUGAGAACCUCGCCCGCACGAUGCAGUGGUUCCUUUCGCCAGGUGGAAAGAUGUGGGUUGUUGCUGGAUUCCAUACGGGGCGGGCGAUUGUUGCCGGGUUCUUUGAGACGGUUCUUGAGAAUGGGUUUGUGAUUGAGAGGAUCUAUGAGAGGGAUUUAGUUGGGAGGUUGGAGGAUGGGGGUGAGAUUCGCAGGGAAUGGAUUCCGAUUAGGGAAGGGGAGGGUACGGAGAAUCAGAAGAGGUGGUGUGUUAUUGCUGUUUUGAAGAGGCGGGAGGAGUAG